CCUGAUCUUCUGUAUGGCCGGUGUCGACAAGAGGCAGGGGAGCACAUCAAUCCUACCGACAGACGAGCAGAAAGCGAAUGGGUCGUGCUUCCCAAGGGUCGCACCAACCCGGCUCCUUUGGAACCUGGUCUAGGCGAAUAUGCGCUGAAUCAGGGAGGAGUCAACCGUGUUUCGAGGCCAGGCUCCACAGACUGGCUUUCUGCCCGUUUGGAGAGGCGAUUUGUAAGUUGGCCUCACCGGAAGCUGUCUUCAUGUUUUAAUGAAUCACCGUCAAGCCUGGUGUCCUGCUCUGACGAUCUCCGUCACACGACGGACGAAAGCUAUGCAACGAUUCGUCGGGGUAGCAGGCCCGUGCGCCGAUGA